GUCAAACCUGAAAUCAGUUUGAGACGAGUCGUUGUCCAAAGAACAUUGAGAAUUGAGACGGACGGAAGCUGUGCGUCCGUUUUGCAACAAGAAUAAACGUCAACAAAAAGCGUUAAGCAAAUACGUAAAUUUUCAAAGUUAAAAAAAGAACAAUUUUAAGUGAAAUAAAGCAGAGUUGCGGACUCCACGUUAAAGUUACACAACAAAAACAAAGUGAAUAUUCAACCAAAUAUGUCCUCCAGAUCGGCUUCGCCAUUGAGCAACGUGACGGUGGACGACGAAAUAAGCAUAAAAGAACACGAUUUCGCGCCCGAGUACCUGGUGAUCAAAGAGGAGCGCGAGAGCAGCAUUUCGCCCAUACUGACGCCGCCGCAUACGCCGACAGAGGAGCAUACGCGCGGCCGCAGCCAACAGCACGCCCCCCACGCGGUGGCGAGCAGCAGCAGUUCGCUGUACGAAAUGGAGCAACAACAAUUGCAGCGGGAACAACUACACAUACAGCAGCAGCAGCAGCAACAACAAACACACAUGGCGCUAUUGCACACAACAACGCCAACAACACAACAAGCGCAACGCCGACCGUAUCCAGGCGCGCUGGUGGAGGCACAACACCUGCAACAGCAACAGCAAGCAGCGGCGGCGGCUGCGGCUGCGGCGGCGGCGCAGCAACAUCACCAACAGCAACAGCAUCGCCUGUGGCUACACAUGCAACAGCAACAACAACAACAGCAGCAGCAGCAACAACAACAAGCUGCCGCCGCUUACGCCUACGGCCACGCCACACAAUUUCUACCCAGCGCCGCAGUGACUGCCGAUGCAGUGCAACAACAUCAAGCGCUACUCAUGAACCAGUGGUUGCGCAGCGCUGCGCUCUAUCACCACAGCCACCAACAACAUCCACAUGCUGCCGCCGCACCUCACCACCAUCACCCGCAUGCAUUGGCGCCUGGCGCUGGCGGUGCGCAUCACAUACGCCCCUAUCCUGCGCUGCAUCCACUUCAUCCCGCCGCACGCCUACACGGCCUUCCAGCGGCUAUGAAGUUGGCCGGCGGCGCGCCAAUUGCUGGCAGCAGACCAAAGAAGCAAUUUAUUUGCAAAUAUUGUAAUCGUCACUUCACCAAGUCGUACAACCUGCUCAUACACGAGCGCACACACACCGAUGAGCGGCCAUAUUCGUGCGACAUUUGCGGCAAGGCAUUUCGGCGGCAGGAUCACUUGCGCGACCACCGCUACAUACACUCCAAGGAGAAGCCGUUCAAGUGUAGCGAUUGCGGCAAGGGUUUCUGCCAGUCGCGCACGCUGGCCGUACACAAGGUGACCCAUCUGGAGGAGGCGCCACACAAGUGUCCCAUCUGCCAGCGUAGCUUCAAUCAGCGCGCCAAUUUACGCAGUCACCUGCAUAGUCAUACCGAAGCGCAGCUGGCGGCGAUCAAGCAGAGCGGCGGCAAGUACAAUGAGCUGUCAAUGUCAACAACGGCAUGCACGCCAACUAAAUCGCCCUGCAGCUCGGCUACAUCGAGCGCACCAACAACACCCAUACUCGACCUAUCCGCCUCGGGCGGCGUGCAAUCGAAUGAGGGCGGUGAGCGGCCGAAGCGCGCGCUUGGUUUUAGUAUUGCUGAGAUCAUGAGCAGGUAGACGCUUGUUGUGGGUGCAAACGCUAAAAGCCGUUGGUG